AUGUCCGAUGUCGACGAUGAUACUCUCAUUCACCUCUUCAGCUUUCUGUCCGUGCGCUCUAUCCUCGCGAUGAGGCAGACGUGCAGGCGCAUGCAGCUCAUCUCGCGCACACGCGUCGUCUGGCGCAACGCGUACAUCGCCCAGGUGCUCUCCGCCGGGCAUCCCUUCCCUCGCCGCCAGCUCGCCAGCAUGGACACGGCGCAGCUCGAACACGCAGUCCGACGCGCGAUACGGAUUGGUGCGUUUUGGUCGUCGCCAGAGGUGCCGCUGAGGGAGGCGGGCGACUUCCAUGCGAGCUUCGGGACGGGGGUCUCGGACGUGCGGUUCUUGCCUGGGCACGACGGACGACGGCUUGCGACGCUGUCCAAGGGCAUCUGGUCGGUUAUCACUUGCUGGGAGACAUCCUUUGGAGGCGCUGGCGUGCGGAUGAUUGCGAAGUGGUCACCCAAGAGUACGAUCAUCACCGGGCUGGUGGUGAAUUCAGAUGCGGAGUCGGACGCGGUCAUCGCGACUUCUACUCACGGGGAGCGGCAGCGCAUCGAGUUACUGUCACUUGCGAAGGACACGAAAGGCAGUGAUGCCUUGCAGUCCCUGGGUGUGAUCGACGCUGCCAUGAGACCUAUUGCACUGCAGGGCGACCUAUUGGCGUACGGUGACGAAUCAUCUCAGACAGUUAUCACAAAUUGGAGAACGGGUGAAAUAGCACACCUCCAAGGUGCCGACGAACCUGUCGACCUGAACUUCCAGUACAACCGGUGUCUUCAAGUCGUGUUCGCACACAAGAGCAUCCUGGUGGUGCGCGCGCGGUCCAUCGAGCUGUUCCCGGAGCCUGUCCUGCGACCUCCCCAUGAGCCGUGCCCGAGUUAUCGUCCGCUCGCUCGUUACUCCUUCGGCUGGAUCGACGGAGUCAGCGUGAACGUGCAAACGCGCCGGCAAGAUGUAGACGGUUCUAUCAAGCCGCUCUCCAUCCUCCUGCGCGCGGAGAGUGACGACCCUUGGAUGUCCGACACGCACAUGCUCGACCUCUUCGUGCUCGAGCCCAACCCCGCGUACACAGCGGACCCGACCACGGACACUAACGAAGACCCCUCCACAUCUGCAAGCUCCGGCGAGGACAUUCACCAUCCGCCGGCUCCCUACAUCUUUCCGCCCGUCUACUCGGGCCUCUCCUCGCCGUCCGUGCGCGGCAUCCUGCGCUGCACGGACAUCGUCCUCGGGCCGAACGGCACCGCCGUGUGGAUAAUGCCGCGCGGGGCGCGGAGCGCCGACCUCACCGCGCUGGACGUGCACCAGUCGGAGGUGGCGGGUGCGGGGCUGACUGCACAGCAGCCAGAGGUGCUUGCAGGCGCGAUGUUCGCGGGGCCCAUGCUCGAUGUGGAAGGCGGGGAUGGGGAUGGGGGCGAGGAUGCCGGUGCGGGGAGGGGAAGCGGUGUGAGGGCGCGGACGGUGUAUGUGCGCCGGGCGGCGAGCGGGAGUGCGGGGAAUUGGACCGCGAUGGACUAUGUGGAGGAGUUGGGCGUGGUGGCGUUGGCGUCGUCGCAGGGGAUGGUUACUGUGUUGGAACUUGGCUGAUCCUCUUGUAAGUCAAGAUGAAUAUAUAUCAUCGUACCGAUGUUCGUCUCGUGUACAUGCAGAGAGUAGGUCCCCUCUACAUGUAGCGACAAUUUUUCGAGCAUCCUCCGAAUCCCAAAUAACUUAUGCGCACACCAACUCGCGCACCCUCC